CAGGCCAGGCCAGAACAACAGCCUGGUAGAGUCACGCUAUCUGUUCUUCUACUUGAUAGCAGACAGUUGACAGCGCCAUGGAAACUACGCAUUCCGGAACUUACCGGUCCCUUAGGUGAAUGAACACAGCACUUGCUGGAUUUGGCCAUCCUAAGCCUCCAGUCACCACUUCACUGCCGAGUCGUUGUAGCUUCUUUCCCCGCCGUCCGCAAUGUUCCACCAAAGCCAUAAUCCAGGUUGUACCAACCAAGCCGAAAGAAACAUCAGCAAGUGUGCGAGUCCGGUGUCUUCACGUCACACCUAGAUCAGACCUUUACGCCAAGAGAAGAGAUAACGAGCUGUGGCCAUGUGAUGUCCGAAUGUCUAGGGGAAUUACAAUACAUGUAAGAUACAUGUACAAAGUUCUGGCUGCGUAUAUCAAUGCAGAUUCAAAAGUUUUAUGGCAUUCUACAAGCUGUCACGGUCCUUCUCCCAACUGGCCCAAUGGUCGGCAUCUACAUCUGUCGUCUUUGGGACCAUUCAAUAACGCUCGAAAACCUUUCCUCCGAUCAUCAUUGGGUUCGAGACCCGACCAUUGCAUAUUCCACGAUUACACACAAAUGUUUACACGGUCAGGAGGGCGGCCAUC